GUUCAUCGAUAGCAACGCGAACGCGACGCAGUAGAUUAACACGACCGCCAUCGAACUGCGUCUUCAGUCACCGCGAGCACACUGGCGCGAGAGCAUCUGGAGUUGCUGCUAAACGUCCUCUUUAUUAACGUUUUCGGUGAUUGUUUUCUACUAUUAUCCAGUCUCUCGCUGAUACUUUCUGAUAGUGAACAAGAUCGUUGCGUAUAGCCUACUGCUUGUAGCUGGUAAAUACCUGCUACAAGUGCGAAAUGAUGAAUCUGGAAAUGGAUUGGUGGCCGAUAAUCGCGGCUGUGUUGGCCGUGCUAGCAGUGGUCUACUACCGAGUCACUCGUAACUUCGACUUUUUCAAGAAACGUGGGAUUCCAUACGCUAAACCGAUGCCGUUUUUGAGAAGCAUGUGGGAAGUGGUCUUUCAACGACAGCCGUUUGCCGAGGGCGUAGAAAAAAUGUACAAUUUGGAUCCCGAGUCAAAGUAUAUCGGUUUUUUCGAGUUCGAAACGCCUAUACUUUUGAUUCGAGAUCUCGACCUGAUCAAAUCCAUCACCGUGAAGAAUUUCGACCACUUUACAAACCACAAAAUGAUUUUCGAGCCGGACUUAGAACCACUUUUCUCGAAAAAUCUUUUUUCCCUGUGCGAUGAAAGGUGGAGAGAAGUACGGAACAUGUUGACACCGGCCUUCACGUCCAGCAAAUUGAAGUCCAUGUUCGUAUUGAUGCACGAAUGUGCCAAAGAGUACGGCGACUAUUUCGCUUCUUUGCCCACCGACCAGUCGAUCUUGGAGUUGAAAGACGCGUUCACAAAGUAUACCAAUGACGUGAUCGCUACUUGCGCGUUCGGCAUUGACGUCAACUCGAUGAAGGAUCCGAAAAACACGUUCUACGUGUACGGCAGAGAGUCAACCAGCUUUGGAAGAUUGCAAUCCUUCAGGUUUCUCGCGGUGAGAAUGUUUCCAUGGUUAUGUCGAUUGCUCGGUAUUAAGGUAUUCAAUCAGAAGAUCGUCGACUUCUUCAAGGAAUUGGUAGCCAGCGCGAUAAAAGUCCGAGACGAGACCGGUAUCGUUCGUCCAGACAUGAUUCAGCUGAUGAUGGAGACCAGAGGGCCAGGCAAAGAGUUAACCAUCGACGACAUGACCUCGCACGUGUUAAUCUUCUUCUUCGGUGGAUUCGAGAGCACCUCAAUUCUCAUAUGUUUCGCCGCUUACGAGAUCGGCAUCAACGUACAGGUACAGAAAAGAUUGCAAGACGAGAUCGACCAGGUUUUGGAGGAUUGCAAUGGCCAGGUCACGUACGAGGCCAUCAACGACAUGAAGUACCUGGAUGCUGUCAUUCUCGAGAGUCUUCGGAUGUACCCGCCGACGGUCGUUAGCGACAGAGCCUGCGUGAAAUCGUUCGAAUUGCCGCCAUGCGUGCCGGGAGCAGAGCCGUACAUGGUGCAACGAGACGACAUCGUGUGGUUACCGAUUUAUGGCAUUCAACACGAUCCGCAGUACUACCCGGAGCCGAAGAAAUUCAAUCCCGACAGAUUCUACGACGAUCCGAAACAGAUGUCCAACUCUCCCUCGUUCCUCUCGUUUGGAAUGGGCCCCAGAAUGUGCAUCGGCAACAGGUUCGCUCUAUUAGAAGCGAAAGUUUUGCUCUUCUACGUUUUGGCCAAGUGCGACCUCGCACCAUGCGCCAAAUCUUCCAUACCGUUGAAACUGAACGAGAAAGGAUUCGCCAUGACGUCGGAGAACGGAUUUUGGCUGAAAAUCCAGCCGAGAAAUGCAAAGAGAGCGGAGCCCGACAAUAUUGUCAUCCCAGGGAAAACCAUGUUCAUUGAGAAUAUACCCGACAGACAUCUCGACGAUUAAGUUACGUACAUUUGCAGUGUCCGUUACUGUAGCUUCUUCGUCUGUUUCGAGAUACGUCUCUUCGUGGCAACAAGCGUGGAAAACGAGUCUAUGAUCGAUUUGUUUUCAAUCAUUUUACAAUUAGUUGUAAUAUGCUGUUAUAGACUGUGAUAUAUGUAAAAGUUGCAAUAUACAUAUAAAUUGGAAACGAGCUCACAAAAUGUACUUAAAAUUACGUGUAUAUAUACACAGAUGGUGUCUUCUGCUGGGAACUUGUUGGACAUUUAUUCAGUUUCUACUAUUUAGUUAAAAUUCACAAGUUACGAACGAUUAUACGCGCAUUGAUGUUUUCAAGGACAAGAUGGAAUUUAUCUUUCUUUCUCUUUUUUUAUUGACCUUUGUAUGUUCCGUCAAGAAAUUUAUUAAUUUUCACAAACAACGAUUGUAAAAUGUUAAUUUUCACAACUUCAAAUGAUAUUGUCGAAGAAUUUUGUCGAUUCCUACGAUUUGAUCUUGCAGAAUAUACAGAAAAUAGCCGUGAAUUUUCUAGUCAACAAAAAAAAUAUUUUUGUAUUAUAAAAUUAGAUAAUAAUCUUCCGUAGAUUUUUUUUACACGUUUUUACAAAGAUUUAAUAUAUUCUUUGUUACGAGAAAUAUGUGUAUCUGUUAGGUGUUGAUUUGUUACAACUAAAUAAAAUGACUGUUC